AAUUUAAUUUAAUUGCCCCCAUAAAAAUCUCUUUUGCCCUUAUUAGAUUUUUUGUUUUCCAAUUAACCAAAUUCACUGCAUAUCUUGUUUCCCCUUUAAUUAGCUAAAUUCGUUGCAAAUUUAUAUCCAUAUGUAAAUAACAAUGUAAUUUAAAUGCAUAGACCAUAAUAUUUAUUUCCCUUUGUAUCAAUUAAAAAAAAUAUAUGUUUAAAAAAUUUGGUCUCUUCUCAUAACUUCUGUGGUUCAUACUUAUGGUUCUCUAUGAUAUUUUUAUGUGUUGUUUUCCAAAUAUUUGAGUUUUCUAUAGAGCAAUAAAUUAAAAACAUUAAUACAAAAUCUUGUAAAUUUAAACUUUGGAUCAAACUAUAUGUUAAUUCAAAAUCUCUAACUUUUAAAUAUAGAGGAUACUUUUUGAUUCAUUUAAACUUAAAAAGACAACCAAAUGUUACGAUUUAGGUAAGAAACUUGUAACCAAAGCAUCAACCCGUGGUACUCUAGUAGCUCUAUAAAAGCACGACUUCACAUGACACAAAAACCCACUUCGCGUAUAACAACAUCAUCACGUGAACUCACUCAAUAGGUUCAGUGUUUCUGACUAUAUUGUUCCCUCUCUGAUUGAAACUCUCCCAAAUAGAGAUUGGCCUAACCACCCAUCCAACCACAUCAACGCACUUCGUUUCAUCGCCCUGAUCGAAUUUCUCUUUUUUUCUUUUCCUAUCUCAAAAUUGUGUGUUCUUGUUAUGGUCAUGAAAUACUCUUACAUGUAUUGUUUGAUUUUCUUGGCCCUUUCUCUCCUCACCGCCUUCACUCCUGCUUCUUCGUCAAAUGGUCUAGAUGGACCAUUCUACGACUCUACCGCCUACACAGAGUGUAGAGCAGAAGCAGAGAAGCCACUGUACAACGGAGGAAUGCUGAAGGACCAAAAGCCUUCUGUCUCAGGCAGAGACUCUCUCACAGGCAUUGGUGCUCGUUACACACCAACUUACAUAUUGCACAAUCUCACGCAGAACACCAUCUAUUGCUUCUCCAUUUGGGUGAAGAUAGAGGCUGGAGCUGCAUCAGCUCGUGUAAGGGCAAGGCUGAGAGCAGACAACGCCACUUUAAACUGCGUCGGUUCUGUAACAGCCAAACAUGGUUGCUGGUCUUUCCUCAAAGGCGGCUUCCUUCUUGAUUCUCCUUGUAACCAAUCCAUCCUCUUCUUUGAGGUAGACUCUUCUAUAUAUGCUCAAUUCAAAAGAUCUGAUCAGAAUAGAAGAUCCAAAGAUUGUAAAUUUCUGAUAAUGCAGACAUCAAACGACGAUAGCAAGAUCCAAUUACAAGUGGCGAGUGCUUCUCUUCAGCCCUUCACGCAGGAGCAAUGGAGGAACAUCCAAGAUUACUUCAUUAAUACCGCGAGAAAACGAGCAGUGACAAUUCACGUGUCCGAAGAAAACGGAGAGAGCGUUGAAGGAGCAGAGGUGACAGUAGAGCAGAUCUCUAAAGACUUCCCCAUUGGAUCUGCCAUCUCCAAAACUAUUCUUGGAAACAUUCCUUACCAAGAAUGGUUCGUCAAGAGAUUCGACGCCACUGUGUUCGAGAACGAGCUGAAAUGGUACGCGACGGAGCCCGAUCAAGGCAAACUCAAUUACACAUUGGCUGAUAAGAUGAUGAAUUUCGUCAGAGCCAACAGAAUCAUCGCUCGCGGCCACAACAUCUUCUGGGAGGAUCCCAAAUACAAUCCCAAUUGGGUUCGUAAUCUAAGCGGCGAAGAUCUCCGGUCGGCGGUUAACCGGCGAAUCAAGAGUCUAAUGACUCGGUACAGAGGGGAGUUCGUGCACUGGGACGUGAGCAACGAGAUGCUUCACUUCGACUUCUACGAGAGUCGACUGGGGAAGAACGCGUCGUACGGGUUCUUCGCGGCGGCGCGUGAGAUUGACUCGCUGGCGACUCUGUUCUUUAAUGAUUUCAACGUGGUGGAGACUUGCAGCGACGAGAAGUCGACGGUUGACGAAUACAUCGCGAGGGUGAGGGAACUCCAACGGUACGACGGCAUAAGGAUGGACGGAAUCGGUCUCGAGGGUCACUUCACGACGCCGAACGUGGCGCUAAUGAGAGCAAUCAUCGACAAACUCGCGACGCUCCAGCUCCCAAUCUGGCUCACCGAAAUUGAUAUCAGCAGCAGCCUCGACCACCGCACGCAGGCGAUUUAUUUGGAGCAAGUGUUACGUGAAGGAUUCUCGCACCCAUCGGUGAACGGUAUAAUGCUAUGGACCGCACUUCACCCAAACGGUUGUUACCAAAUGUGCCUCACCGACGAUAAAUUCCGGAACCUUCCAGCCGGAGACAUGGUGGACCAGAAGCUUCUAGAAUGGAAGACUCGUGAGGUUAAGGCCACGACCGACGACCAUGGUUCCUUCAGCUUCUUCGGCUUUUUGGGAGAGUAUAGAGUUGGCAUCGUAUACCAAGGUAAAACGGUUAAUUCGUCUUUCUCGUUAUCUCAAGGCCCUGAGACCAAACAUGUGAGGCUUCAAAUCUAACACAGCGACUCCAUGUUUAAGAUUAUCUCUUAAGAUAUAGAGUAGAUCUUAAUGAGGAACACAUAGGUAAAUUAUAUUUUAAUUUGCAAAUUUUCAAUCAGUAACAAAAUUGAAUGUACUGGUGGGGACAAAAGUAAGUGACAAAGGGUCAAAAAGAGGGACGAGAUUUUGAGGCGUGGGCAAACUUUUAUC